AUGAGAGAAAGAAAUAGGGAAAAGAAAUAUCGAGCUCAAGAACAAUCGCCUUGCGACAAAAAUUUGGGCACCUCUAAUUCAACCGAUGAGGAAUCACAUGAUGUAAAAAUUGUGAAUCCGGAUUCACAAAAUUUUAAAAAUUCUUCCGGAUCCACAGCUAUUCCAAACGAUAGUAUUUCUGAUAUUGAGAUGGACAAUGACCAAAUCGUGGAACAAGAAUUGAAACAACAAUUAGAAUUGCAUCAUCCAUUAAUAUGGCAAAGAUAUGACAGAAGAAUCAAAGAAAUUUUUGCUGAUGGUAACAUUAAAAUCAAUACUGCGAAACAACAAGUAUAUCAAGAGGUUAAACAGUUACUUCCAGAUAUUAGCGAUGUAAGUGAACCUGUUACAACUCCUAUUCCUUCGUCUUAUAUCUCUAAUUCUUCAGGUCCAGACGAUUUGACAAAAACCAAGGUAACUAUACCACCUACACUAAUCAAAUCUCAAUCAAAUGCCCCUUUGAAGCUCUUCCCACUCAAGAGAAAGCUGUCAAAAGAAGUGCGUAAUCAGGUCAUUAAUAAAUUAACCACACAUUUUACCGACUCACAAAAGUUGGAUAAAAAUAGUAGUAUAGAUACAGAAGGUGAGCAUCAAACUGAUUCCUAUUGGGUUCUCGGUUCGCAUUGCCCACUAUGUAGAGAAAAUCAUAUGAGUUUAAAUGAGCCAGGAAUUCCACUCGAUGAUAUAUUAAAAGCAUAUUCUGGAAAUUCAGAACUGGUUCAAUAA